AUGGACAAUCCAUCUCCCCCCCCCGACGGCCCUCUGCAGCCUACCGCCACCCACGCGCCAUCCACUGCCGCCCAACCUGCUAAUAACCCCCCCUCUCGCAUUGCCCUUCCCUCCACUUCGGCCGCCGUUGUCACCGCACCGGUAUCCGCCUCAAGGGGCAUCCCCCAGCCUGCGCCCGCGUCCAAGUCCUCAUCAGCAGCCAGCUCCAACGGAACGACACCCAAUCCUUCCCGUGACGGCUCUCCCGGUCGUCUCAUUCGAAAGGCCACUUCCUCCAGUCGACUCUCUGGUAACCGCUCUCGCAAAAAUAGCCAGCACGACCUCAGCCCAACUCGCACCUCCAGAUCGCAACUACCGACACACACAGCCGCCGCGCGCAGUUUAUCAACCUCUGCUACCCCCUCGCUGCCCCCUACCACUAAGGAACCCCAACAGGCCUCAACACCGCAGAAGAACGGCGCUGCAGCCCUCGAUUCUAGGGAAGGUCCUCGAUGGCCAGUUUCCCCUCGAUUGCGAUCUCCAGCCCCGAGCUUAAACAGGUCCGAUCCUGCAUCACCCAAACCUGAGCCAGAUCUUCCCGCCAUCAACGUCCAGCAAGCCAGCCCCGCCGUCAAACCCGUAGAGCCCCAGCCUACUAUCGACAGCGACAUUGAAGACCCUCAGUCUACGUCCGGCGCCCACACGCCUGUUCGCUCCGGGUUGGAAACCGUUCAGGAAGUUGCCACCCCCGUUGCCGCCCGUGGCAUCCUGGACCAUGUCAAGGAAAAGCUUGCCGCUGCUGACCCCCAAUCUGAUGGCGCCCUAAGCGAUGGUGGCCGUACCAUCAGAGCCCGCUCCAACCACAUCCCGGACAAUACCGUUGACGGUACCAACAGAGCAGACACAAGAAGAACAACCUCUGUGCCUCCGCCCCCCGUCGCUCGCCAGUCUAGUUCACUGUCGAUGAAGCAGGGCAAAACCAAGACCGAAGGUUCCACCCAGAACAUGACGGUCGAGACCGAGACGGUCGCCAGUAUUCCCCAAGUCGCCCUCAACACGAGCUCCAAAGCUGAUGGGGCAAAUGGCACUCUCAAGACCAAGCAGAGCACCGAAACCAUCAAGCCGAAAAAGGACAAGAAGAAGCCCUUACGAAAGCAACCCAACGUCCACACGGGAACCUCAGCCUCCAAGGCCGAUAAUUUUGAGGCCAAGAUUGCCAGCGCCGUUGACGAAGCCAACACUUCUGACUCGGAAGAGACCUUCGUCUACGACUCGAACCCCCCGGACGGCGGCGAUCGUACUGUUCGUCGAUUUCACUCCCGCACGCCCAGCGCCACCUCCAUGGCUAGCCAACCCCCCGACCGCCAAAACGUUCGCUCCAUCUACGGUGUCAUGGAGGCUGCUGUUCAUCACGGCCCCGUUCCCAAGAAGAGCAUGAAAUUUGUCAACACGUUUAACGGCUCUGGGACAGAAAGCUUGACUCCUGGGGAAGAAGACGGUAAGGCGACCGGCCGCAGCGCUGGUGGCUCCGGCCGUGGAACCGCCAGACAUCAUCAUCAUAUUGGCCGGUGGGGUCGCCAACCCAACAACAGUCACCUGUCCAUCUUCGACAAUGAUUCGCCCUUUGCCAAUACGGCAAGAUCGAAGCCGUCCAAUACACCACCUCGAAACUCGCCAGGCCCAACAAGCCCUCGCAACCACCAUUCGCCCCGCGGCCAGCUCAGCUCCAAGCGCUCUGCCCUUCAAAUGUCGUCCAUCUACGACAUGGACGAGAAUACCGGCGCUGAUGAUGAGCGAACGCCCCUUAUUGGAACAGCUCGCUACAGAUCCGGUCGCAAUAGACGAGGCCCUCACAGUCUCCGCCAGGCCGAGUCCCAGACUUAUACCCGACGGUCCUCUUACUUGAACCGAUUCGCGGCAUGCCUCGUCCUCACCAUGAUGUUUCUCCUGGUAAUUACUGGUGCCAUUGGAUUCAUGUUUGCCACGUCUCAGCCCAUGGCCGACAUUGAGAUUGUCUCGAUUCAGAAUGUCGUCACGAGCGAGCAAGUUCUCAUAUUUGAUCUUUCUGUCAAGGCUCACAACCCGAAUAUUGUUUUGGUAACAGUCGAUCAAACUGAUCUGGAAAUAUUCGCCAAAUCGGAGCACGCCGGAACAGAUUCGGAUUGGUGGAAAAAGCCUGGACCGGGAGAUCAAAUCCAGACCGAUGCCAACCUUGAAAAGGAUAAGAAGUCCAAGGACAAGGAUGGCAAGGAUGAUGACGAAGAUGCAGAUAAGCGUCCCAACAUUCUCUUGGGCCGCAUCACUGAGUUUGACAGCCCCCUCAUGUUUGAGGGCUCCCUUUUCCAUCGGGGUAGCUCCACCUCGACUGGAGAGAUGAAGCUCCAAGCGCCUGGGAACAGUACGGCGGGAGGUGUCAAGAGAUGGGAUCUCAUUUAUCAGAAUGAGUUUGACCUCAUCAUCAAGGGUGUUUUGAAGUACACUCUGCCUCUCAGCGCCCGCGUCCGCAGCGCGACCGUCUCAGGACGUACCACAGUCAAACCCAACUCGGCCAAUGAUCCCCCAAGUCACCCCCCCAACUCGACCGUACCAGUCGCCCCAAAAAAAUUAACCGCCCGUCUUAAGACAACGUGGACGGGCUGA